AUCAUGUUCAAAAUAAGCCAUCUGAUUCUGCUUUAACUGAACUCUGGUGGUUGCAGCAAGUGAUUUGAUGGACAGAGCACGUUUGGUUUUCAUUAGAUUGUCUCGACACUGACCCCCUGCCCCAUCUACAGUAAUGUGAAACCAGCCCUCUGGCAGGCGCACUGUGCGGAAAAGAGCCGAGCAGAGCUGAUGCAGUCUGCACUACUUUCACUACCCGGUCCGCAGGCUGGACUGCGCUGCCGCACACAGCACUACAAACUACCUAAGUAGUAACACACUACCGAGACGUGCAAUGGCCAGGAAGCAGUGUUGACGGGCAUAGAUGGUAAACCUGUGUGUUCUUCGCUGAGGGGAUUAUUUCAGUAUUUUUCCUGGAGGUGUGAUAUCGAAGCCAUGGUGUGCUGUCAGACUCUCACAAGUUUACGAAGAGGCGACUGGGGCUUCGCUCCUCUGCUGGCUGCUGCGCUGCUCAGUCUUCUGUUCGCAGGGAUGCAACAAACCACAGCGUUUCCCUCCUGGAGGUUAGAGGAAGAAGCUCACACCACUGUGUUGCUCAUUGGGAUCCGCAAAGAGGCCCGGUCACAAGUGCUUCACCUCUCCAGGAAUAAGCGUUACACCCUCACCCCGGAGCAGCUCAAAUGGGACAAGUUUAAGCUAACAUACAAGUUGCUUUCCUUCCCAACAAACUUGAUGAAUGCCAGCGACACACGUCGAGGCAUCGCCAAGGCUUUUGGCAUGUGGAGCGACGUCUCGCCGUUCAGCUUCAGAGAGGUGCCAGCUGACCAAGAAGCAGACAUUAAGAUCGGCUUCUACCCCGUCAACCACACAGACUGUCUGCAGUCUCACUUGCACCAUUGUUUCGACGGCAUCACAGGAGAAUUGGCUCAUGCAUUCUUCCCACCAACAGGCGAGAUCCACUUUGAUGACCAUGAAUACUGGAUUCUUGGAAACAUGCGCUUCAGCUGGAAGAAAGGGGUCUGGCUGACGGAUCUUGUCCACGUGGCAACUCAUGAAAUUGGCCAUGUCCUUGGACUCAUGCACUCAAUGGACCCCAAAGCUAUAAUGCACCUGAAUGCAACUUUGACAGGGCGCAAGCUUAUCACACAGGAUGAGGUGUGGGGUUUACACCGUCUGUACGGAUGUUUGGACCGGUUAUUUAUCUGUCCAGCCUGGGCUCGGAAAGGCUAUUGCGACAGCAAGCGCAAGCUGAUGCAGAAGCACUGCCCCUCCAGCUGUGAUUUCUGUUACGAAUUCCCUUUCCCCACUGUGGCUCCCACACCGACCCCCCCGAGGACCAAACACAAGCUGGUCGUCGAAGGCAAGAAGCUGACUUUUCGUUGUGGGAAGAAAAUAGCAUCAAAGAAAGGCAAAGUAUACUGGUACAAAGACGGGGAGCUGCUGGAGUACUCUCACCCGAACUACAUCUCCCUGAAAGACGACCACAUCACCAUAGUGGCCAACGCCAUCAACGAAGGCACAUACACCUGCAUCGUGAAGAAAAAAGACAAAGUUCUCACUAACUACUCGUGGAGGGUACGUGUGCGCUUCUGAAGGCCACGCUGUCUCCUCUGCACACUGAACAGGACACAUCCACACACACGGUCACCACGAGACCUCAUUCACUAGGGCACAUAUUUCAGUUUUUUUUUUUUAAAGAUGUCUUUCCUGUUUUCUUCCACACACAACUGUCUCAUCGUCGAUUGUCGUGUAAAUGUGUUUUCAUAUGUGCAAAUAAUAAAUGUUCCGUGACAAGUA